CGAUUCUGCUCCUCCCCCGCCCCUAGCUACGAGCCUUAGGCUGAGCCUUUCAAGGAGGCUGCAAGGAAGCCUUACACGGAGGGAGAUCGAGACCUGACUCCGGAGUUCAAUAUAUGUUGGAAAUCUUUUCUGGUUCUCUUGGAGUCCAAAGUAUCUUCUGUGGGAAGUGGGUUGAAUGGCCAGACAUCCUCUGAUUAAUAAAACAUGGGAGAUACAUCCAUCCAUUUUGAAGCUGGAUUAGAGACCAGAGAAAAGAUGGAGGGACAACACCCAGCAGAUGCAGGAGUUGGAAAAAUCCCUCCAGCUACUCAGCCUUGGAGCUGUGGGAAGAAUGGGGCAAGUCUUGGGCAGAAGAGCCAAAAAGAAGAAGUCAACAAUUCAGAGAUUCAGUGCUGUGACUUCAGAAAAGUGCAGUUCCAGGAGGGGAAGAGUCCCCGAGAUGUUUGCAGUCAGCUUCACCGCCUUUGCCGUCAAUGGCUGCAGCCAGAAAGACACACCAAGGCUCAGAUGCUGGACCUGGUGCUCCUGGAGCAGUUCCUGGCUGUCCUUCCCCCAGAGAUGGAGCAAUGGGUGCGGGAGUGUGGAGCACAAACCAGUUCCCAGGCGGUGGACCUGGCCGAAGGCUUCCUCCUGGCCCAGGAAUCGGAAAAGAUGCAAAAAUCCUUGGAAGCUAUGACUGAGUAUCCCAAGGGGAGGAAGGAUUCAUUCAAAUCUUCUCAAGAGCUGCUCUUCAGAGAGACCUUAUGCAAAGCUCAAAGCCAGGACACCACUCCAGAGAGUAGAAAGCCGUCCUUGGAAUUUUUUGAAUCACCUCCUCUUUGUGGUGGAGCUGAAGAAUUGGCUGAACCACUAUUUCAGGCUGUUGUGUCUUUUGAAGAAGUGUCUGUGUAUUUCUCCGAGGAGGAGUGGUCUCAACUGGACGCUGAUCAAAAAGCGCUCCAUGGAGAAGUCAUGCUGGAAAAUUCCAGGAAUCUGUUUUCUGUGGGUAAGAACCCCUACCAGUGCUCCAAAACGUAGAAAACUCAUGGGGUCAGAGACGGGGGCUUAGAUGUUAUUAAAAAUUAGGUUAACUGAAAUAAGUGAUUUUUAAAAAUCAUUUAUUUUUCCCUGCCUUUAUAUUUUGUAAAUAGCACUUAGUAAUAGCACUUAAUCUUAUAUAGCGAUUCAUAGUGCUUUUUUAGCCCUCUCUAAGCGGUUUACUGAGUCAGCCUAUUUCCCCCAACAACCUGGCUCCUCAUUUUAC